CUCGCCAAGUUCAACUGGGUGGUGGUCAAGUCCGACGUGUACUUCGCCACCAUGUUCUUCCUCAUGCCGGCCUACGAGCGCGAGCUCGCGCGGAUGUUCCCGGAGAAGGAGGCCGUGUUCCACCACCUCGCCCGCUACCUCUUCCACCCGUCCGACGACGUGUGGGGCAUCGUGCGCAGGUACUACGGGGCCUACCUCGCCAGGGCCGACGAGCGCGUCGGCCUCCAGGUGCGCGUGUUCCCGGAGAUGCCCGUGCCGUUCGAGAACAUGUACGGCCAGAUCCUCCGGUGCUCGGAGCAGGAGGCCGGCUUGCUGCCGAAGGUUGCGUGCAAGGACGGCGCGGCGGCGAACCACUCCUCGGCCGUGGCGUCGUCGGGGAGCAAGAAGAACAAGCUCACCUCUAUUCUGGUUACGUCGCUCUUCCCCGACUACUACGAGCGCAUCCGCGGCGUGUACUACGCGAACCCGACGGAGACCGGAGAGUUCGUGGAGGUCCACCAGCCGAGCCACGAGAGGGAGCAGCGCACGGAGGCGCGCGCUCACAACCAGAGGGCGCUGGCGGAGAUGUACCUGCUGAGCUUCUGCGAUCGCAUCGUGACCACCGCGGUGUCGACGUUCGGGUACAUCGCGCACGGGCUCGCCGGCGUGCGGCCCUGGGUGCUGCUCCGGCCACCGUCGCCCGAAGCGCCUGUUGAUCCGGCGUGUGUCCGAUCGAGGACGGUGGAGCCCUGUCUUCAGGCGCUGCCGCGACGAAUGUGCGGUGUGGCGGAGGGGUCGGACAUUGGAGCUCUGGUGCCUUACGCCCGGCACUGUGAGGACGAGCAAAAAGGUCUCAAGUUGUUCCCUUAG